UGCCCGUUUGGCGCUGAUCCGUUAGUUUUAUCUGGCGAAUACAGCUACUGUAGGCCAACAACAAUCGGUGAAUGUCCGGCAGGUUUCGUCUGUGACUAUAGCAUGGUACUUGGCCGAUCGAUAUGCUGCCAGGAUAUGCGCAACAAACCGGUCAUCAACAUUAAGGUCAAGCCUGCUCCUUCUGUUUCAACGGCACAGCCUCAUCUUACGACACUGCCAUCAAGAGGUGCAACUCGUACAACUCCACAGCGACCGCGCUGGUUCUCAACGACGACAAAUCGUGCAACUCCGUGGUACAUAAAGGAUAGGUCUGCUUUUAUUGUUGAAAAGCAGUGA